AAUAAACUUGCUUCCUCGCACCAUGGCUGCGGAGGAUCCAUAGACCUCCAACGGGUCCAAAACGGUUCCAUCAAAUUCACGCAACCGGGUCCAGUGGCGGAGUACACCAGCAUCACCUACGACGACGGCAACACCGGGAAACCGUUGGAGUUGGACACGGCGUGCACCUGGGUCAUAGAUGUCCCUGCUGACGGGACAGUACGGCUGGAGGGGGUGUCUGUGGACGGCGGGUCGGAGGUCACGGUGCUCUGUGGAGCCAGCGGGGAGCGGCGGGGGUUGGUGGCCGGGGAGAGGGCUCUCCUCCUGGGCUGCGGGACAGCUGUAGUCACCUGGAGGGCCCUGGGACCCACCAGCUCUCAACACAACAUACAGCUUUUCUAUACAGGUUAGUCACCCUAUUCCUUAUAUAGUGCACUUUUGACCAGAGCUCUAAAUUCCCUAUAUAGUGCACUUUUGACCAGAGCCCUAAAUUCCCUAUAUAGUGCACUUUUGACCAGAGCCCUAAAUGGCUCCCUACUCCUUAUACAGUGCACUUUUGACCAGAGCCCUAAAUGGCUCCCUAUUCCUUAUAUAGUGCACUUUUGACCAUAGCCCUAAAUGGCACCCUAUUCCCUAUAUAGUGCACUUUUGACCAGAGCCCUAAAUUCCCUAUAUAGUGCAUUUUUGACCAGAGCCCUAAAUUCCCUAUAUAGUGCACUUUUGACCAGAGCCCUAAAUGGCUCCCUAUUCCCUAUAUAGUGCACUUUUGACCAGAGCCCUAAAUUCCCUAUAUAGUGCACUUUUGACCAGAGCCCUAAAUUCCCUAUAUAGUGCCCUUUUGACCAGAGCCCUAAAUUCCCUAUAUAGUGCACUUUUGACCAGAGCCCUAAAUUCCCUAUAUAGUGCACUUUUGACCAGAGCCCUAAAUUCCCUAUAUAGUGCACUUUUGACCAGAGCCCUAAAUGGCUCCCUAUUCCCUAUAUAGUGCACUUUUGACCAGAGCCCUAAAUGCUGAUCCUAGAUCAGACUCCCACUCUGAGCAGCUUUGUGAAUCUGUCAGGGUCGAUGCUGUUACUAUGGUGACUGUUGAUUGUUCCCAGCAUGAUUAUGAGCCGUAGUUUAAAUCUGUCAGUGUGUGUGGUUUUGUUUUGUUACACAUUGUGUUUUUAUUUCCACUCUCUUUCCUCACCCGCUGUGUGUGUGUGUGUGUGUGUGUGUGUGUGUGUGUGUGUGUGUGUGGGUGUGUGUGUCUGUGUGUGUGUGUGUCUGUGUGUGUGUGUGUGUGUGUGUGUGUGUGUGUGUGUGUGUGUGUGUCUGUGUGUGUGUGUGUGUGUGUGUGUGUGUGUGUGUGUGUGUGCGUGUGUGUGUGUUCCUGUGGUUUCCAGGUCAGGAAGCCGUCUGGAAUUCCUCGGAGCGUCAAGGCCCUUGGAUGGGUGUGUCUUCAGUCCAACGCUCCUCCGAAAGCUUCAACGGCGACGGAACUCCGCGGAACGAGACCAAAUCCAUGUUGACUCAGGGGGGACGGAGGGGUGAGGGAGGUGAGAUGGGAGCGGGAGGUGAGGCCAGCCUUCAACCAUCUGAAAGCUUUGUGGGUGAUUUAGAGUUGGACCGGAUCCCUGGUUCUACCCCCACCCUACAGGGGCUGUCGACCACCUCCUCUCCCCAGGCGGGGCUCACCGUGGCUGGGCACGCCGAUAGGGAAGUCCCCCUGCUUCCUGAGGAAGAACCAGACAAUAGAAAGGAUACGUCUGGAACUGCUCAGCUUGCUGACCACGUCACUACAGGGUACGACCCUGCCGGAAUGAACACACACGCUGACACACACUCCUCACCCAACGUCAAUCAGAAGACUACUGCACAUGUUACCCACCCUGAUCCAGACCAACACACACACUCACACUCACACACACACUCACACUCACACACACACUCACCCACACACUCACACACACACUCACACACACACUCACCCACAGACUCACAUACAGUCAUACACACCUCUCACAGACACCCAUCCAUCUCCCUCCCCAGAGCCCUGCGUCUCGCUCUCUCUCUGACCUCCAGCCCUCUAGCAGGCCCAGGGGAGCCUGGCCGGACCCCAACCCCACAACGAUACACCCUGGCUGGGCUGACGGAGCAGAGCGGGGCCCCUGGGCGGAGGAGCACCAGGAGCAUCAGAGUAUGGAGGGGUGAGUGGGGACCUGGGAUUACCUCUGACCCCCAGGGGUUAAAGGUCACUUCUGAGGUCACCCCGAGUCAGACUGAGCGGGGCUUGACCAGUGUACCUGUGACA